AUGGCAUUUGCUGUCACUCUCCGGGCUGCGCUCGCGGCCCACGCCGCACCGCUCUCGCUUUCCCAUGUGUCGUCGCCGUCGCUGCUUUGCCGUGUGGCGUCGCCACGACUCGAGCAGCCUCUGCCCGCCCACGAGGCUGACGGAGAGGCGCGCCGCCGGCUAGACGUUGAGUUUGCGUCAAUCGCUGUGCCGGCGCUGGCUCAGUUUGCUGCCGAGCCCUUGGCUGGCCUCGUGGACACCGCCUACCUCGGCCGUCUCGGUGCGACAGCGCUCGGUGGCGCCGGCAUCGCCAUCGGGGCGCACUUCGCGACUGCCAAACUCUUCAACGACCCUCUCCUUCGCACAUCCAUCUCGAUUGUGGCGUCCGGCGACGGCGCGGCACGGCUCGGCGGCGAGGACUCACGAGACGCGGCGAUCAGCGCGGCGCUCGUCCUCGCCCUCUGCGUCGGGCUGCUGCAGUUGGCCUUCUUUGCGCUCUUCGCGCCGCGGAUGGUAUCGGCGAUGGGAGCCGGCGUCGGCUCUCCGAUGCGCCCGACCGCGUUGUCUUACCUCCGUGUGCGCGCUCUCGGCAUGCCUGCGGCAACGCUGUGGCUCUGCAGCAACGGCGUCUUCCGCGGAUUGGGAGACACGCGCACGCCUCUCAUUUGGGCGCUGCUCUUCUCGCUGCUCAAUGCGCUCCUCGACCCGCUCUUCAUCUUCCCGCUCGGCUUGGGCGCGGCGGGAGCGGCUGCGGGGACGGGCCUCGCCCAGUCCAUCGCCCUCGUCGGCCUGCUUCGAGCGCUCUCGCGGCGAACCGGCGUGUCGGUGUCGCCCCUCUCGCUGCUCUCCCUCGCCUCCCUCCGCCGGCUCGCCCCGUCCCUGAGGGCGUACGGCCGCGCCGGCGUGCUCGUCUUUGUUCGGACGGUCGGCAAGGUCUGGGCCUACACGUACUGCACUCGGCUGGCAGCCUCGCUCGGCGCGGUGUCGUCGGCGGCGCACCUGCUCUGCUUCAACCUCGGCGUCGUGCUAUCUCAGCUCUGCGAGUCGGUUGCCGUCGCGACGCAGACUCUCCUCGCGCGGGCGCUGGGCAGCCUCGACGCGAUGGCGAAGGAUGGCGAGGGGGCGGAGGAGGCCAAGCGCGCGGCUCGGCGCGACGCGUGGCACGUGAUUGGGCGUGGUGUGCUUGUCGGCGGGGGAGUGGCGGGCGUGCUCACUGCGGUGACGGCUUUCCGGCCUGCCGCCGUUGUGGCGAGCCUGACGACCGACGUGGUGGUACGAGAGACGUGCGCGUCGAUCAUGGCGCCCGUCCUGCUAUGCCAGCUCUUCAAGGGCCUUGCUUUCCCCGCAAAUGGCGUCGUGAUGGGAGGCCUCGAUUGGGGCUUUGCGACGGCGGGGAUCUGGCUUGGCUCGGCUCUGUGCGUGGGUCUCGCGCACUUGCGUGCCCCGCCCACGCUGCACUCGAUCUGGUGGGGGUUCGCUGCCUUUAUGGCUUCGCAGACUGUCCUCAGCGUGGGGAGGGUGCUGAGCAGGACGGGGCCGUGGGGGCGGCUGUACGGCGGGGCGAGGGGCUGGCGAGGGACAGCGGCAGGCAGUGAUUCGUAG